CUCCGAAGUGCCCCCUUAUCACUCUUGCAUUUGUUUUCCCCAUUUUAUUCUGACAUCGGCUGCUUAACUUCGACCGUCCGAUCCUUAUCACUCCUGCACACGCACCCUCCGCUCCUUCCCACUCGCCCCGCCGCCGUAUCGCCCCGCGCCGCGUCGCCGUCGUCGUUCGCCGGCCAUUCGACUCGCUCCCUCGCCCACGCUGCCACCUCUCCACCCUUAGACCGCCUCCUUCGAGGCCUGCUCGCGUCGCUCCCCCGCCCACCGACGCACGGCCACUGUCAGUGUUCGCGCCGGCUUCUCGUUACGGCCAGCCAUUCCGUCUGCUCCGUGCCCUUGUGGUUGUUCGCCAACUUGCAGGAUUGCGGCGGAAAACCCUCGUUUAUUCCUUUAUGAGUGCGAGGCAGUGUUUUUAAGAGCACUGUCAUGGCGUCUCCUGCUUCUGUUACCAACCUGGGGAGCAACGGAAGGCCUGGCCCACUGCCGACAGCGGCAGUGAGGAGAGGGCACUUGGUUUCAAGGAUCAGUUUCACGGGUUUUGACGGUGUCCGGAGGUGGCCAUGUGCACCUGGAAGACUAUGUAGAUGUAUGGUCAUAACUAACUUGAUCGAUGAGAAGGGAGCUCAGUUCUCAUCAAGAGUAAGUGUGAACGUUAAAGCUGAUGAUGACAGUGAUCUUCUUUCAAAGCCCCCGCAGAGGCCAGUCCGGCUGAAUGGGCCACCAGCAAGCAUGGAUACAGCAACAACAUCAGCACCUGCCAGGAAGCCAGCAGGCGUAACAUUGCAAGACCGAGAGAAGGUCCGAGAGUCAUUGGAUGAGGUGUUGGAGAAGGCAGAGAAACUUGAGGCCUCGAGAUCCAGAAAUGUGGAUGGUGAGAACCGUGCAUUGAGACAGAAUGAUGUGGCAAAGCCUAAUAGUUCAGUGCCAAUAGUGGUGGAGGAAGGCUCGAAUUCCAAAAGGACAAAAACACUAAAGAGUGUAUGGAGAAAGGGGAACCCUGUGCCCACUGUACAUAAGGUGAUUAGAGACCGUCCACGCACUGAAACUAGGGAUCAGUCCAUAUCUGCUGCUGAACCUUCAGUGUCAUCUCCAUCAAAACUAGCACCUCACCUACAAACAAGACCUUCUGUAGCACCACCACCUCGUCGCCCUGUCAAAGCUGACACAUCAAAGGAGAAAAAAGGACCCAUCCUGAUCGACAAAUUUGCUUCCAAGAGACCAAUGGUUGAUCCAGCUGUAGCUGAGGCACUGGUAGACCCUGUCAAGCCAGUACGCGGUCCACCAGCCAAAGCGAAGGAUAAUCGUCAUAAAAAAAUUAUUACACCAGCUGGUCCCCGCCGACGUAUGUCAAAUGAUGAUCGAUCAGUUGAUGACGACGCUCCAGUGCGCAAGGGAAGGAGGUGGAGCAAGGCAAAACGUAGGGCUGCCAGGCUUGAGGCUUUAGAAGCUGAAGAGCCUGUUAGGGUUGAGAUCCUUGAAGUUGGUGAAGAAGGUAUGGAUAUUGACGAACUAGCAUAUCAACUGGCAGUUGGCGAAUCAGAAAUUCUGCGCUUUUUAUCAGUGAGAGGAGCAAUGCUUGACAAUGUUCAGACUCUUGAUAAAGAUUUGGUUAAGAUGGUUUGCAUGGAAUAUGAAGUUGAAGUACUGGAAAGUGUUCCGGUGAGAGUGGAAGAGAUGGCAAAGAAGAAUGAGUUCCUUGAUGAGGAGGAUUUGGAUAAACUGGAAGUAAGGCCUCCCAUUGUAACUAUCAUGGGUCAUGUUGAUCAUGGGAAGACUACCCUUUUGGAUUAUAUACGCAAGAGCAAGGUGGUGGCAUCUGAAGCUGGUGGAAUAACACAAGGAAUUGGAGCAUAUCAGGUUCUUGUGCCAGUUGAUGGAAACCCUCAGGCUUGUGUUUUUCUUGAUACUCCAGGGCAUGAGGCGUUUGGUGCAAUGAGAGCUCGAGGAGCAAAGGUAACUGAUAUCUGUAUCAUUGUUGUGUCUGCGGAUGAUGGCGUUCAGCCACAAACAAAUGAGGCAAUUGCGCAUGCAAAGGCAGCCAGAGUCCCUGUUGUAAUAGCUAUAAAUAAGGUGGACAAGGAGGGAGCUAAUCCAGAACGAGUCAUGCAAGAGCUUUCCCAGAUAGGGCUUAUGCCAGAGAUGUGGGGUGGUGACACCCCGAUGGUUCAGAUAAGUGCUCUUAAGGGAGAGAAUGUUGAUGAGCUAUUAGAGACUGUCAUGCUUGUUGCUGAGUUGCUAGAAUUAAAAGCCAAUCCUCAUAGAAAUGCAAAGGGUACGGUUAUUGAAGCAUGUCUUGACAAGGCUAAAGGACCUCUUGCCACCCUAGUUGUACAGAAUGGAACCUUGAAUAAGGGCGAUAUUCUUGUUUGUGGUGAAGCUUUUGGAAAGAUCCGUGCAAUGUAUGAUGAUCGUGGAAGCCUUGUAGACCAAGCAGCGCCAUCCAACGCCGUGCAGGUUUUUCCUCUUUCCUAUUUCCGCCAUUCAUUUUCCUGUGAUUCCUUUUUAGUCCAUUUUAUAAUUCUGUCAUAUUUGUGACAAAGGAUUCUAUUA